AUGCCGGCUCCGUCAGCCAUCCUCCUGUCCCCCUGCCUCCUUCUCGCUCUGCUCGGGACAGCUGCUGGCCUGUACAAGCAGUGGGUCCCCGACACCAACUUCGAGAACGCCACCAACUGGGACACGGGGGCGGUGCCGUGCGGCAGCGACACCGCCGGCUUCUCGGCGAGCGGGAAGGUGUCGGUGUACGUGGAGCGGGCGCACGUCCUGCGAGAGCUGGCCCUGCCAGAGGACGGGGAGUUCAUCCUUGCGCCGGGGGCGGGGUUCGCCGCAGGUGGGCAGGACGCCGGCUGUGGCACGGGCGUCACGGCACAGUUCCGCCACUCGGAGGCGCUGCGGUGGUUCAACCCCGCCCUGUGGCAGGCCGCUGCCUCCAGAGACGACCUGGAGAGGGGCCGCUUCCUGUUCUCAGUGCAUGAGGAGAGUGUGCCCUGCCGGCAGGACGAUGCCGUGUUCCGGGCGGCCGCGUCCUUCCGCGUGGAUGUCUCGGCCGAUGGGCCCGGUGUCCCCGUGAGGAGUGUGUCCGUGCUGGGGCAGAAAUUCACAGACGACACCGACUUCUCCCGCUACCUGGCAUCGCGCUCUGGCCGGCUGCAGUUCCACGGAAAUGCCCGCCCCAUCGUCGGCAGCCCCGCCUGUGGCGACAGCUCUGGGUGCGAGUGCGGGAACUCCGCCCACCGUGCGAGGAUCUGUGCAGCCGUGACGUGCCCCUCGGCAGACUGCGGAAAGCCCCUGCGCCCUGCUGGUCACUGCUGCGAUGUGUGCGGCGCCAUCGUCAGGCUGAAAUUCGCAGACGGCUUCGACCUGGAGUCGUACCGGCAGCGAUUGCAGCACCUCUUCCUCAGCCAGCCGCAGUACCGGGCCAUCCGGCUCGCCCUGUCCAAGGUGGCCCGGCCCCAGUGGCUGCUGGGAUUGAUCCCCCGCAAGGCGCAGGCCGAGAUCCAGGUGGUGCUCCUGAACGAUGAGACGGGCGCCGGCUCCGGGCCUGCGGCUGAGAACCUGGCCCGCGAAAUCAUGAGGGACGUCCAAUCCCAGGGGGAACAUCUGGGCAUCGAGGGGGCGGAGUUAGAGGCAUCCUCGGGUGGCGGAGAGGGAGGGGGCGGGGCGGGGGUGGUGGUGGGCGCUGUCCUGGGGGUCCUGGCCUUGUUGGCAGGCCUGCUCCUCCUGUCGUUCCUCUUUCGGCGUGGGAUAGUGAAGGCCCCCUCUCUCCCCUCCCUCCCCUCUCUGCCCAGCUGGAGGAAGAGCAGUGAAAUCGGGGAACUGGGGGGCCCCCUGGACCACGGCUUCGACAACCCCAUGUUUGACAAACCCUCCCAGCUGGCCACAGUGUCCGGGCUGUACGGGCCCGACAGCCUGAACUCUGUCACCAUGACGCACGCGGGCGUCCACUUCGUCAACCCCGCCUACGACGAGACCGACUUCAACGCCUGA